GUGUUGGUGCUGGGUUUCAUUGCAGUCGACGUCAUGAGGGGUCCAGUCUUGGCUGUGCUUGUCAUCCUGCUUAAUGCACUAGUAUGUGAUGUUUCCACCUCUCCAGUUAAAGGGGUUUCUCCAGGCAAAGGGAAGGAUCAACAAAUGGUUUCCACUUCCCCGGCUAAGGAGGUUUCUCCAGGCAAAGGGAAGGAACAACAAGUGUCCACUUCUUCGGUUAAGAAGGUUUCUCCAGGCAAAGGGAAGGAUCAACAAAUGGAUCAACUGAGUGAAGAUGAUUUGAUUGAUUCCAAAUCGCAAAUUCCCUCGGCCAAGAAAACCCCAAAGCCUACAGUGUCUAGUUCUCCGGUUAAGGUUUCUCCAGGCAAAGGGAAGCAUCAACAAAUGGAUCAACUGAGUGAAGAUGAUGUUUCCAAAUCACACACUCCCUCGGCCAAGAAAACCCAAAAGCCUUCAGUGUCCAGUUCUCCGGUUAAGAAGGUUUCUCCAGGCAAAGGGAAGGAUCAACAAAUGGAUCAACUGAGUGAAGAUGAUUUGAUUCAUUCUAAAUCAAAGACUCCCUCGACCAAGAAAACGUCAAAGCCUAAAGUGUCCUCUUCUCCAGUUAAGAAGGUUUCUCCAGGCAAAGGGAAGGAUCAACAAGAAGUGUCCAGUUCUCCGGUUAAGAAGGGUUCUCCAGGCAAAGGAAAGGAUCAACAAAUGGAUCAACUGAGUGAAGAUGAUCUGAUUGAUUCCAAAACAAACACUCCCUCGGCCAAGAAGACUCCAAAGCCUAAAGUGUCCAGUUCUCCGGUUAAGAAGGUUUCUCCAGGCAAAGGGAAGGAUCAACAAAUGGAUCAACUGAGUGAAGAUGAUUUGAUUGAUUCUAAAUCAAACACUCCCUCGGCCAAGAAAACGCCAAAGCCUACAGUGUCCAGUUCUCCGGUUAAGAAGGCUUCUCCAGGCAAAGGGAAGGAUCAACAAAUGGAUCAACUGAGUGAAGAUGAUGUUUCCAAAUCACACACUCCCUCGGCCAAGAAAACCCAAAAGCCUUCAGUGUCCAGUUCUCCGGUUAAGAAGGUUUCUCCAGGCAAAGGGAAGGAUCAACAAGAAGUGUCCAUUUCUCCGGUUAAGAAGGGUUCUCCAGGCAAAGGAAAGGAUCAACUAAUGGGUAUGGUGACUGGCUAUUGGUCAAAUUAUUACUCAAGGAUGCUUUGUUAUCAACUGAGUGAAGAUGAUCUGAUUGAUUCCAAAACAAACACUCCCUCGGCCAAGAAGACUCCAAAGCCUAAAGUGUCCAGUUCUCCGGUUAAGAAGGUUUCUCCAGUCAAAGGGAAGGAUCAACAAAUCGAUCAACUGAGUGAAGAUGAUUUGAUUGAUUCCAAAUCAAACACUCCCUCGGCCAAGAAAACGCCAAAGCCUACAGUGUCCAGUUCUCCGGUUAAGAAGGUUUCUCCAGGCAAAGGGAAGGAUCAACAAAUGGAUCAACUGAGUGAAGAUGAUUUGAUUGCUUCCAAAUCGCAAACUCCCUCGGCCAAGAAAACGCUAAAGCCUACAGUGUCCAGUUCUCCGGUUAAGAAGGUUUCUCCAGGCAAAGGGAAGGAUCAACAAAUUGAUCAACUGAGUGAAGAUAUGAUUGAUUCCAAAUCAAACACUCCCUCGGCCAAGAAAGCACCAAAGCCUGCAGUGUCCAGUUCCCCAAUUAAGAAGGUUUCUCCAGGCAAAGGGAAGGAUCAAAAAGAAGUGUCUUCUCCGGUUAAGAAGGUUUCUCCAGGCAAAGGGAAGGAUCAACAAAUGGAUCAACUGAGUGAAGAUGAUGUGGUUGAUUCCAAAGCAAACACUCCCUCGGCGAAGAAAACACAGAAGCCUACAGUGUCCAGUUCUCUGGUUAAGAAGGUUUCUCCAGGCAAAGGGAAGGAUCAACAAAUGGAUCAACUGAGUGAAGAUGAUUUGAUUGAUUCCAAAUCGCACAGUCCCUCGGCUAAGAAAACGCCAAAGUCUUCAGUGUCCUCUUCCCCAGUUAAGAAGGUUUCUCCAGGCGAAGGGAAGGAUCAACAAGAAGUUUCCAAGUCUCCGGUUAAGAAGGUUUCUCCAGGCAAAGGGAAGGACCAGCAAAUGGGCUCCACUUCUCCGGUUAAGAAGGUUUCUCCAGGCAAAGGGAAAGGCCAGCAAAUGGGCUCUCCUGCUCUCGGCUCCACUAACUAGACUGGCCUGCCCCAUUGUCACUACUUGACUUCAUUUGAUGUAUGACCUUUUGUGCAUAAAAUUAAAAA